AUGAAACCCAUAUCUGCAGAUAAAGCAUCUUCUAAAAGAAAUGGCUAUCAAUCAGAUGAUGACAACAUUAGAUACAAGUUGAAUACAGAAUAUUUUAACAAUAUUGCUAAAUCACCUAAGAAUAAAAAAACUGAAAAAGUCGACAAGGCUCAAAAUGACGAUGAUAACAUUCGUUAUAAAUUGCCUACUGUUGUGUUGAAUAGGACUAAAUUAUCUGAACAGAAGCCCAAACUUAAACAGAAAAUAAAAGUUAAUUUCUGGAGUAAUAAACAGUCUGUUAGUCGACUGAAUAACACUGAUGCAGUUAAACAGAAAACUAACCGUAGACACACUGUGGCUGCGUCUGCUGAAGAUACAACAAUGAAACCAAAGCAUUCUACUGUCAAAGUGAGGAAACGAGUAUCUUUCCUUCCCUCCCCCAUAUUUUCUGAAAACCAUAUACCUAUGGUAACGGUGCCAGAUGAUUUGACAAUACAGUUAAAUGAAGAAGAAGCUAACGAUUUGGCUGAAGAUUUAAAUUUGGCUUUUGUUAACAGUGGCAGUACGGAUAUUAAGUCAAAUAAUUCUCCUAAAAGGAAAGCUAAAAAUUCAAAUGAUGUAAAUAUUCGAGAGACUAAACGUAAAAGGAGUAUGGAAGACUUAGAUACUAGAACUCAAGGAAGUGACAAUGAACUUGAGUUUUUCUCAAAAUAUGUGGUCCAAAAAUUGAGACGCAUGGAAACCAAUCAGCGCAUUUAUUCAGAGAAUUUAAUAAAUACUGUUCUAAUGUUGGGUCAACUCGGUAAACUCAACGGUAAAUCAAAAAUUGGGGAUGCACAGUAA